CGAGCAACAGCCUGACACACCAGCAGCCAUAACAUAAGUCCGAAGGGCCACAUACGAUCCCAGGAAGUCGAUGGCAACCACGUUCCCGUGAUCGUGUUUAGGCAGCAACGUCAUCCAGUGCCAUGUGUUUCACAAUUUAAAACACUCAACCACAUGCUCGAGUAGCUGGCAAUGCGAUGAACCGAACAUUUAUGCCGCCACGUCCGUUUAUCACGCAGAUUGAAGUCAUGUCUCCACAGGGUUGAAUGUGAGGAGUUUCGGUGUUGUUAGGCGACACGGUCUUCAAUACCUAGUAACAGCUUCUCCAGCUCUGACGCUCCCGGAACGAGGCCGAACGAAUAUUCGCCAAAGCAUUUGGGAUCGUGGCGAUGCCGGUUAUUACAUUGCACAUCAAUCCUGGCUCUGACGGAGACGGGCGUCGACGACCGAAAACCGGGGACUAUGUUCGUAACGACGAGUAUUGGCUUGAACGAAUCGCUACCGACAAAUGGGUCAAGGACCUUGGCCAACUGGUGCCAGGGUACACCUACAAGCUGGACAAGCUGCCCGAUGGCUACGGUGGCUACGAAAAGUCUCGCAACAACGACUCGAAGCAUGUUGACCGAUACGUCUAUGGCCACCCGAAAGGUAUUUUCCGGUCAAGCGUUGAGUUCUACCCUCACUUCAAGCACUUGAUGGACAACGGCAACGCACACGGCUGCCCAUGCAAGCUAUGUACGGGCGGUACGAAGGCGCAAAGCAAUGGGGUCGAUCAGCGGGCGCGGGUCGUGCAUGCCGCCAAUGGCAGCCUUGCGGAUCAGUCGCCGUUCUUUGCACCGCCACAAUCACAGGCAGCAAGACUUAGUCGUGAUGCAGCUAUACCUGCUACCAGACCAGUAGGGAGGCCAAGAAACGAUUUAAACCGCACCGCUCAACCAGGCGUCGAACCGCAAGCUCGGAGAAGACAGGUCAACGCAGAUGAUGCACCCAUCGAUGCAGAGGGUACGCCUGACGCUAUUCGGGCGCUUCUUGACAAGCUGAAGGCCGCUGGUACGGAAGGUAGUGUUGACGAGCGGCUGGUAGAGAGCAGCUCUCCGGACUGGCGGACCGGACAUGCGAUGCUGUUGAGGUCACUCCUAGAGUAUGUUACCUUGCCAAGCUAUGUUCCUCGAACCGGUGAGGUUGUUCUCUUUACUCGCCUCAAGGAUCACGAACGCUUGGGCUGGGAUGAAGAGACGCAGACCUGGCGUACUAUGAAUGUCGGCGUCAGUACUUGGCUUGGCAAGCCUUACUGGGAAGCCGGUGUAGUAACGCAGAUGCCGGUUGAGCAAGUCACUGCAGACGAUCUUGAAACUGUGCCAGCUGGGAAGCAGAGUAGCGUUGUUGAUGCCGGCUUCCGCGUCGAACCUCUGUCUGAUCCGAACAGUGCCACUAAGAAUUAUCAGAAGCAGCACAAGUACGUGCCGCUUCACGCCAUCAGACCAUUCAGCUUCUGGAAAGAUUGCUUACGUACCGUGCCCGAGGAAGACUGGCAUCCUACGAUAUGGCACGCUCUUACUGUGACCAACAGCUUCUGUGUCCUCGGAAAAUACCACUUCAAAGGUACCUGGCCGGAAGCCACGAUCUUCGCUCAGGGCAUCUUCCUGGGCCACGAACUGAUUGCUCUUGGCGAUACCGUGCGUCUCUACAGUCGACACUUCAGCGGCAGAACUGAUGCCAAGACGGUCAUGGAUGUCAUGAUCGUUACGGCAAUCCGGAUAAAGCUCGUCAAUCUCGACGAAGCAAGCGACGACGACUACGACGAAGGCCGACCGUAUCUGACAUGCAUUCAUAUCAGUGGUCGCAUGUGCACACAAGAUCCGCUUCACAGCUACGACGGUGUUGGCAAGCUCCCUAUCACCACGCGCUCAGAUGCACUACCCCCUAGCAUACAGAAUCUGAGCACCUGGUACCAUGGAACAGAUCCGAAGAAGCCUAAGCUGCGUACUGAGGUGCCCUUUCAACGCGUUAUUGGACGCUGCUACGGAAGCGACGCGAUGAGGGCGUGGUUCACAUCAUCCACUACUAUGCCACGGCCGUCGAGCUUUCAAGCUGUCAAUGCAACGAAGCCGCGGAUCAAGCUCAACGGCUCAGACGUCGCGAUGAACGUCCUCUCGCACGGCUUGGCGGGCGUCCUGGACGGGCGCAAGUACAGCGAAUCGCACGACGUCCGCAUCGACAAGCAUACCGGCAAGACUUGGUUCUGGGCUGAUACCAGAGAGGAGCAGCUCGACCUGCACGAAGUCAAUGGUCACUCUGUAGGCGUGAGAGACCAUACGCGCAGCAAAGAGCAACUUGCAGAUUGGCGCAAAGCUCUAAGGGCACUGGACGGUCGCAAAGGCGGCAUGGAGGAGUACCAGGCGGUAAGGCAGGAGAAACAGGGGAAGCAGAUCAACCUGGCGUAUCAUCUUGGCGGCAGCAGCUCGGGCUUAGUGGCUGGCAGUGUGCAGGUUGCGUGGCAGCAGAGUACCGAAGCUGAAGAUGGAAUGGAUGUCGAUGACGACUUGGGUAACGAUGUGGAAGAGGCAGUGGACGGCGGAAAGGAGGCCCGGCUCCCUUAUCCGGAAGGGACGACGAGCCGAAGGGCUGCUUUGAGCAUGGACAAUGAUGAAGAUGAUGAUGAAGAAGAUGAUGCCAAAAAUGCUCUGGCAGCUUUCAAAGCAAAGCCAAUAAUGCCGACAGCGGGGCGUGAGCUUGUAAUGCUUGAUGGUGACGAUGACGACUGAGCAUGAUGGACGACAGCAUCUCGCGGUUCAUUGUAGCGCAGGUGGCAGCCCACAAAGGCACCAGGAAAGCAAUAUACAACUCCCGGCUCCCGAAAGGAGCGUGUCUACGUAGUGGUCAUUGCCCCGUGCUACGCUAAGAUGUGCUAAUAGUUUACCUGCCUGUUAUCCACAGCCUUGAGCAUUCCCUUCACCUUUUGUCUGGAUAUUGUCGGAGAGCUGCCAUUACAAGCUGAGACCAGCCAGACCCACACUCAAACCGGUCAAUAGUCCGUCGAGGAGCUCUUGGACCACAGCAAGCAGGUUGUUGACUACCGCCUCCAAGCUUAGUAGCAAGCCGGAGAGAGAAGAGACAAGUGGGUUCAGCGAGCCAAGGAG